AUGAGGACGCCUUUAAUCUUCGUCACCAGAAGCUGUCAAACUGUUGGCUGCUGGCGACAGAUCGCCUUUUUAUCACGGAUAUCAAGUAAUCACAGGGCGAAGCAUACAAGCAGGAAUGUUUGCGAAGAGGAAAGAAGCUACUACAUAACCACGCCGAUCUUCUAUGUCAACGCUUCACCUCAUCUGGGCCACUUGUAUUCUGCACUUUUAGCUGACUGCAUGCACAGAUACAAGCUUCUACGGGGAUUCAAGUCCAGAUUUGCAACAGGCACAGAUGAGCAUGGUCUAAAAGUCCAACAGGCGGCCGACGCAGCAGGAGAAGACCCCCUGACCUUCUGCACAGGCGUGUCCAAGAGAUUCCGGCAUGUCUUUGGCAACUGCAACGUGUCCUUCACUGACUACAUCAGGACCACUGAGGAGAGGCAUCGGAAAGCCGUGGAGCACUUUUGGUGCACGCUGCAAGACAAAGGACUCAUAUAUAAGGGCAGCUACGAGGGCUGGUACUCCACGCCGGACGAGAGCUUCCUGACGUCAACGCAGGUGGCUGACGCUGUGGAUGUGACGGGCCAGGCAAUCAAGGUGUCCUUGGAUCGUGGACACAAGGUGGAAUGGGUGAAAGAGGAGAACUACAUGUUUCGUUUGUCAUCGUUUCGGACACAACUGCUAGACUGGCUCCACAAAAGCCCUGGAGCAAUCCAGCCUGAGCGUUUCCGUCAGGAUGUUCUCCAGUGGCUCCAGGAAGACCUUCCAGACCUUUCCGUGUCCCGCCAAAGAAGCCGUCUCCAGUGGGGGAUUCCUGUGCCAGGCGAUCCUCAUCACACAAUCUAUGUGUGGCUGGAUGCAUUGGUUAACUAUCUCACGGUGGUCGGUUACCCCGAUGGCCACCUUCAUUGGUGGAGUGUGGUUCGCCAUAUCGUUGGCAAAGACAUCCUAAAAUUCCACGCCAUCUACUGGCCAUCUUUCCUCCUUGGGGCGGGACUGUCGCCUCCUCGGUCCAUACACGUGCACUCACACUGGACAGUCAAUGGGACCAAGAUGUCUAAAAGUUUAGGCAACGUUGUAGAACCCUCUGAGCGCUCACGGGCAUUCACCACUGACGGUUUGAGGUACUUCCUUCUGCGUCAAGGCGUACCCGAUUCUGACUGCGACUACACGGACCACAAAGUCCUUAAGCUGCUCAACGCUGAACUAGCAGACUCCUUGGGUGGCUUACUGAACCGCUGUACCGCUCCUGCUCUCAAUCCCACCCAGACCUACCCGCCAUUCUGCCCUAUGACUUUUCCCAGCGAGCAAGGCGGUAGGGCUGUGUCGGAAGACUACCGCAUGCUGGAUGCUGUGCAAAACCUCCCAACGUUGGUGGCGCAUCACUACGAGAGGCUCAACAUCUACAAAGCCCUGGAGGCCAUCGCGUCCUGCGUGAGACAAACCAAUGGCUUCAUUCAACGCCACGCUCCUUGGAAAUUAAACCGGACGGAUGACUGGGACCAACGCUGGCUUGAAACUGUCAUCCACGUCUCCUUGGAAUGUAUGAGGAUUUAUGGGAUCCUCCUGCAGCCCAUCGUGCCACGAGUUGCUGACAAGCUGCUUUCCAGGCUCGGCGUGCGAGACGACGAGAGAAACUGGAGCGACCUGAACUUUCUGCCAAGCUUCUGUGGGAAAGACUGCCCCUUCCAAGGGAGAGCUCUUGGACCAGAGACAGGCGUGCUUUUUAAUCGCCUGGAAAGUCCCAAUGGAGAAAAGCAAAAGGAAAAUAAAACUAAAAAGCACAUGAAAACAAAUCUCAUCAGUCAGAAACAUCGCACAUUGCCUCGGCUGGCCAACUCAGAAGCUAUAGGAAACAAGUCCGCAAUUGAUCAGCCUUGA